AUGACAACCGCUAACGAGGGGGAUUGUUGGAGUUGGAGAUGGGGCAAAGCUUGCACUUGGAGCGGCAAAAUUAACUGUCAGACAAAGCCUAAAGUAAUAGGCUAUAUUAAGAAGCAAUUAGGUGCUUGUGGCCGUCUUCGGGAGUUUGAAGAGUCUUGUUUUGGACAUUUGUUGAGGUUUGAUGGGCAAGCAUACUACAGUGGGAGACUACUACUUGCCUUAUUGGGUCGAGAGGUUUUUGUGCGUGACGCUCGAGAGAAGGAGCGUUGGUUUCGAAUUAGAGAUAAUAAUUAUAAAUUCGGGAAAGUCGAAUUUUGCCAAAUCAGUGGCUUGAAAUUUGGUGGGUCGGAAUUUAUCCCCGAGGAUAAUGAGAGUUUACCGGCCAUUGAUGGGAUAUAUCGACGCCACUAUGAUGGAAAGAGUGUGAUAGGAGGUGAUUUGUUGAGGGAUUUCACGAACAGUCAUUUUCAGAAUAAUCCCGAUGACGCGCUGAAGGCUGCCAUGAUCUUGAUUGUUCACUUUUUCUUAUUUGCACCCGACCCGAGGUCCGCUGUGCCACUUUGGCUUUGGACGUUAGUUGAAAAUUUGGACAUGUUCUGGAAAUUUCCAUGGGGCACAUUUAGCUUUCAGCGUUUAUACCAUUGUCUCGAUGGUAUAAGUGCUCUAGAUGAGGGGUGCGAUAUUCAGUUGAAUAUCCAUGGGUUUUUAAUGCCUUUUCAGAUUUGGGCUUGUGAGAUGAUGCCCGAUUUUGUACGAGGAGGUGGAAUGGUAUGUAUCGGAAAUGGCCUACCGAGAGGCACUCGGUGGAUGUACCCGAAGAAAAAUUUUGUUCAGUUGUCUGACAUUGAUAAAGCCGAGAUUCAAUACAUACCAAUGUGUUUGACUGAUGCCGAGAGGAAUGCGCCAUAUAUGGCUAAUGUUGAAUUGGACUUAUCACUGGGGUUGCAAUAUAUCCACCAUGACUCGUGGAAGAGUUGUUGCAAGCCGCUACGUGAUGCCUCCUCGUCUUCACGUCAUACACUUGCCACCAAAAAAAGGAAGCUUGGACAGCCAACGAACAGACAUUCGAAGAAGCUGGCUGUAGAAGCAAAUGAUGAAGCUGAAGAAGAGAUGGAGAGGGAGCCGAGAGAGCCUCAAAAUGAGCCAAGGGAGCCUCAGAAGGAGCCAGUUGGAAUGGACAAAGACCUAAUCAAGCAAUGGGUGGAGGAAGGCGUUUCAAAUUGCAUGAAAGAGUUGAUGCCUUCGAUACUUGAACAAACUUUACGUCAGGUCGUCCCCAUUGCCAUUGAUCAGGUAUUUCAUGAGGUUUUUCGAAGAUUGGAUAAUUAUGGUAUUUCGAGACCUGGGGAUAAAACUAGAGGAACUGAGAGUCCAUCCACUCCAUAUUUUGGUCAUGGGUCCUCUCAGGCGGCCUUCUCCACUCGAGGAGAAUCAAGCGGUCCUCUCAAUCCGGCGGUACCAACUUUUGGUCAUGGGGAAGAUGAAGAAGGGAAGGAAGAGGAAAAGAAGGAUGAGGAUGAGGAAGAAGAGAAUGAGAACGAGUCAAAGAAAGAAGAGGAGGAGAAAGAAGAGAAGGAGGAAGAGGAAAAGAAGGAUGAGGAGGAGGAAGAAGAGAAAGAGAAGGGGGCUAAGAAAGAAGAGGAUGAGAACGAGCAUGAGGUGUUUGCCAAUGAGGAAUGUGGUUUUGUUAGAUAA